UUCUGAUAGUAUCAGCAGUGAUGAGGAAGAGCUGAGGACUUUGGGAAGCAGUGACAGUGAAAGCAGCACUCCAGAGAAUGUUGGGCCUCCUUUCAUCAUGGAUGACAAUAGUUGGUUCAACAAGUGUAAGAGAGUUAAACAAAAGUAUCAGCUAACCCUGGAACAGAAGGGUUACCUUGAAGAACUCUUACGACUUAGAGAGAACCAGCUGUCUGAAUCUGUCUCCCAGAAUAAAAUACUACUUCAAAGGAUUGAAGAUUCUGAUCUGGCCCAUAAACUGGAAAAGGAACAAUUAGAAUAUAUAAUUGUGGAGCUUCAAGAUCAGCUGACUGUGCUAAAGAAUAAUGAUUUAAGAUCAAGACAAGAGUUAACUGCCCACCUCACCAACCAGUGGCCUUCCCCAGGAGCUCUGGAUGUCAAUGCUGUUGCCUUGGAUACGUUGCUUUACCGAAAACACAAUAAACAGUGGUAUGAAAAAAGUUAUCAAAGUCUUGACCAGUUAUCAGCUGAAGUUAGCCUUUCUCAGACUUCACUGGAUCCAGGUCAGUCACAAGAAGGAGAUGGAAAACAAGACACAUUAAAUUUAAUCAGUGAAGGUAAAGAAGAUACUCCCUCAUUACUCGGUCUCUGUGGGUCUCUAACAUCAGUGGCGAGUUACAAAUCACUAACAAGUCUCAAAUCUAAUGACUACCUUGCAAGUCCCACAACAGAGAUGACAAGUCCAGGCCUGACUCCAUCCUGAAAAAUUUUAUGUAAAAGCCAGAAGUUUUUAUGUUGCAAAUGUUUUAUUUACAUAAGUUUGACUGCUGGGAAAACCUUUGGAAUUUUAUAUUGUUCUGGCACAUGUCUGGAAUUCUAUUGCUUCUUUUAGAGAAUGCAGUCUACUCCAUGUGCCCUUCUGAGUGAAAAAAAAAAGUGAUUCUGCCAUUUUCAUUUUAAGAUUCUUAUAUUUGUCACUGAGGAAGUUUAAAAAUGAAUAGGCUUAAAAAAAAGUUCAAAUGUCCUUUAAAUUAAUAACCCAUUGUAAACUGUGAUGUAUAUUUAUUAUUCAGGUGAUUUCAUAUAUUUAAUGUAUCAUAAUUGCCAGGUUGAGUUCAAGGUUUUAUUCCAGAAACACAUAAGUUUUUUCUUUUACUCUUUUAUUCAAUGAUUUUCUAAAAUUACUUGUUAAUUAACAUUAAUUUUUCAUUAAUUUCUUCCUACGUUCUGAUGUUUAAAUGCCUUGUUUUUAAUAUUAGGAGGAAAUUCUCAACUGGUUUCACGGUGGCUUUAUUCAGUUUUGGUAUCAACAUUCCAUUAACAUUUUACAAUUUUUGUAGGAAUGUGCCUUUAGGCCAUCAUUUAAUUUAUUAGGGUCAUAUGGAAAGUACACCAUUUCGGUAACAUGAGUAAAUUUCUUAUCUGUGUUUUCCCCAAGAUUUUCUUAAAAGGCUAUUUAAAAAUAUCACAUAUUCGUCAAUAGUUGGAAACAUUUAAAAAUGUACAAAUACUUGUUGAAAAGUAUUAGGAAAGACUCCCAAGUUCAUUUAAGGAUUUGAGAUCCUUUAAGUAAGGAUUAGUAAUCACCAUAUAAAUAAUCUGACAUACAGGGCUGUUUUGUUCUCCCUUGUGUGCAACAAUGAAUCAUGCAAUGUUAACAUUAAAAAUCCCUACACUUCUUCUAAAGGUAGUUUUUUUUUUUAAAAAAAGUUACGUGCUGUAAACUUUUUGCAACUAUAUAUUUCAUCCAUAAAAAUCCCACCAUGGUGAAAGAAAAAAAAUGUAUGAAGUAUAUUUUCUAUAGUAAGUAAUAUGAGGAAAACAUUAUUAGUUGUGCCAAAGAAGUUUUCUAUAUUGUUUACACGAAGAGGACACAAUACUUAAUGGGGACUUCAUAUGCUAUUUUUGUUUAUUAAUUAAACAUUACAUUCAAACUUAGUAGCUUGGACAUACAAGAAGAAUGUUCCUCCUACAACAAAUUUCUUUUAUUCAGAGGAGGCAAGAAGAGUGCUGAACUUAUUACAUCAUUCUCUGCAUUCGAAAUGUGUAGGAGUGUGGUAGUUCUUUGCAAUAUUGAGAACUUUAUUCUCAUAAUUUGGAAUUUAAGAUAAAUAAUAAGGCUAGUCUUAUAUGUAAGACAGUUUAAGCAAUGUUAUUUCAGGGACAAAGGCGGCCUGGAAGCUGUUAAAAUAAGUUAUCCUAGAUGUACCAGAACAUAUUCAGAGCUUUAUUCCUUUAGCUUAAGGCUUUAGUACUUGUAAAAAUGCAAAUAUUCUUGAAAAAUGGUAUCUUUAACCUACUCUUAGUUCUGUGUACCUUAUUAUGAGUGAGGUAUCCAAAGCGAUUUUUGACGAGCCUGGGGCUAGAAGGAAGAUAAAAAUGAGGACAGUGGAAACACUGGGAAGAAAGAGUAAGAAAUGGCUAAGUUGGGGAACUUGAAAAAUUUUAAACUGGCUUAAGCACUGUUGCUGCUUUCCUAAAAAGCAAUCAGAGUGUGUAAAAUGCUUUAUCAUUCAUGGGCCACUCUGAACCAACAUUUAUUAUUCCUCAGUAAUUAAAAAAAAAAUCAUUGUUAAAUUUUUUUCUUACAUUUUUAUAAUACAGAAAGGAAAUUCAAGAUUCCAUAAUUGAUAAUUUUCCAGAUUUGUCUAAUGCAUAACAGUAACCUGUGCUGCUAAAUGCAGAUUUAAACAUGACAUCUGAGGAUCAUUACUUUUCCUCCUUUCUUGGGGCUCCUGGUAUAAAAUCCAUCUGCUGAUGUGACUUCAGGUUUCUGUACAUUUUAUUUCACACUUGUUAUAUAUGUAUAAUGUUUGCAUGAGGAAACCGUGUAUGUCUCAAUCUUUAAUUUUAGGUGGUAGUGUUUAUUGUUUACAUACCCUACCCAGAAUAGAAUGCUGAAUUAUAUGCUAAUUUUUCCAUGUGUAUUUUGUUGCCUUGAUGUACUAUACUUGUUGCAUGUAUAUUAAACGUUUUGUACCAUG